GGAAGCCGCCCUCAGGCCUAGCUCCGGACAGGCCCCGCCCUCGGGGUCCCGAGCUUUGUGGGAGGGGCUGUCAGAUAGCUAGCCCGGCCCCUCCAGCCUGGCGGAAACGACCCGCCCGGCAGAUCCCGGGACCUUCUAGCUCUGGGUAACGGCUCUGCCUUUUGGCCACUCUGUCCCCUUAGCUUGGGGGACCGUCCCGCCCUUCCCUGUCGGCCCCAGGAGAUGGCUGCCCUGUUACCUCAGCGAGAACAGGCCCUCUGCCCAUCUCCUUUCCUUGAGGUGGCUGUCUCCUCUCCCCUCACUUCUGGAAGAUGUCCGCUCCAUCUCAUCGUCCCGAAGGGUAACUGAUCUUAUCCCCAUCGGUCCCUUGGGAUGAUCUCUCCAUUUCCUACGCCCCGACAGAGACGGCCACCCCCUCUCCCUGGCAGUGGGAAACAGACUGCUCCCUCCCCAUCAACUGCAGUGAUCUCUGAGUUCCUUUAGCUAGAACAGGCCUGUUCCGCAUUCCUAGGCCCCUAGUGAUGGCCGCCCUCACCUCUUUCACUACAUGGGAUGUUUGCUCCUUCCUUUUAGCCAGGGACAAGACCAUUCUGCCCCCAUCUACCAGGAAGAUAACAGGUUUUGUCCCAGUGGCCUGUUGGAAUGGCUUCACCAUCUCUUUUGUCCUGAGGUUGGCAAACCCCUCUCUCUGUCCAUGGGAAACAGGCCACCCUUUCCCAUCAGUCCUGGAAUGAUGCUCCCUAUACUUAGCAAAAAUAGGCCUGUUCCCACCCCGUUGAGCUUGCAGUGCCAUCCCUUCCACCCUUAGCUUCAAGGGCUAUCUGUUCCAUCCCCAUAAAUCCUAUGAGUGACCAAUCAUAUAUCCAGUAGCCCCCUUGAAAUGGGGCUCAUGGGAUGGCCACUCCAUCCUUAUCACUGCCUCCUCUGGUUCCUUUAGAAAGACCACCUCCUUCUUAGGUCAAUGAGUAUCCCUCCCCUAUCCACCCCAAGGGAUGACAAGUUUGUUCCCCUCUCUCUUUGUUCUUGGGUUCGCUGCUUAGCCCCAGAAGACAGAAUGGCCAGUAUCUUAGCUCAGCUCAAAGAGGCUUUCCUUCCUCCCCGAAGAGAUUGGGGCUUGACAGUUCCCAUCAAUACUGUCUUCCCCAUGCCCAACCUCCCUGGUCCAGAAGUCUAUUCGCCCAGUCAUUCUCCUCUCAGUAAUGACUAUUUUAUUUCCCUGACCCCUUCCCUGAGCAAACUCUUGGUGAAAAUAGAGGUAGAGAACUGGACUGUUCAUCCUUAAUUUAAUCCAAUAAGUAUUGGCUGAGCAUUGCACCUAUGUGCUUGGCAGCUGAGAAGGGAAGGAGCGAUCACAACAGGUUGGUGAAGUCAAGCUUCAGGAAGGGCAUCCCAGGGAAAAGGCCCACAUAGGCAAAAGGAAAUAGACAUGCUGUGUUUGUAGGACAGUGGGGAGACUGGAUUGGGGAAGUUCAGGGACCAGCAAGUCCAAUUAGGCAUGGACACCUGACAGUGCUGAUCCAGGAAUAGAGACUGUCCUGAGAGUACUGGUGAACCCUGAAGAUUUACGGCAGGGAUGCUCACAUAUAUUCUGAGCUUCCUGCCUCUGUCAGAUCAGAAAGAGGCCUCCCUCGUGAGUUGGGCUUGGUACCGUGCAGCCCAGAAUGCCCUUCGGGAGAGAGACUUGCGAUACAACAUCCCCGUGUCCUCUGCCUCCCUCUCGGCCAUCAAGAGCCUGGGCCUCAAGAGCGUCUGCUGCAUCAGCCUGACCAACCUGGAUGACUCUCCAGCUUCACACCAGGUGCUACAAUCUGUUGCCUACCACCUGGGCCCGCACCUGCAGAGCUUGUCCCUGGGUGGCGGCAGCCCCACAGAGGCCUCCUUUGUAGACCUGAUCCUGGGCUGCCCAACCCUGCGUGUCCUUGACCUCAGUGGCUGCAAUAGCCUCUUCACCUCGGGCACAUGGCUGGCUCAGCCCGAGACAACACACAGCAUCCGGCAGACCUUGAGUGGCCUCCAUGAGCUCAACCUGACUGGCCUGCGGGACCUGGCUGACCUUAGCUUCAACCGGCUCAGCAGCUGUGCCCCCAGCCUGGAGCGCCUCUCCUUGGCCUACUGCCACCUCACCUUCGAGCCGGACCCAGCCCGAGGCUGCAGCAGCCCCCAGGACUCCUCUCCCUCUCAGUUCUCCUUCAGCAACCUGCUGCGAUUCGUGCAGGAGCGGGCUGGCAGUCUGCAUGCCCUAGACUUGAGUGGCACUGGCUUGCCACCCGAGGCCCUUUGGGCCCUGGGCCAGGUAGCUGGGCUGCAAUUGCAGGAGCUGAGCCUGCACAGCUGCCGGGACCUCUCCACAGAGGCCGUGGCCACCCUGUGCCUCCAGCAACCAGGCCUUAUCUCCCUGGACCUCAGCGGCUGCUCAGAACUAACUGAUAGGGCACUCUUGGCUGUGAGCCGAGGCCUACAGCACCUGCGGCGCCUGAGCCUGGGGAAGCUGCAGCGGCUGACAGAUGCAGGAUGUACAGCCCUGGGUGGCCUGCAGGAGCUGCAGAGCCUCGACAUGGCCGAGUGCUGCCUGGUGAGAGGGUGGGAACUGGCCCGGGCCCUGGGCUCCAUGCAUGGGGCUCCACCACAGCUGGCUUCCCUGAGCCUGGCCCACUGCUCUUCGCUGAAGGACGCCUCAGUGCUCUCCAUGAUCCCAGUGCUGGGCCCAAGCCUCAGGGUGCUAGACUUGUCCUCCUGUGUGGCCCUCACCAACCGGACCCUGCAGGCCAUCUGCACGUACCUCACCCACCUCUCAGUCCUGCGCCUGGCUUGGUGCAAGGAGCUGUGUGACUGGGGGCUUCUGGGGCUGGGGGAGCCUGUGCACGAGACCCAGCCACACACACAGCUGGAGCAUCAGGCCUCAGGCACCAAGGACCCCGAUCCCGAGCCACAGGGCCCCUCCCUGCUCAUGCUGCGAGCCCUGCAGGAGUUGGACCUCACAGCCUGCAGCAAGCUGACUGAUGCCAGUUUAGCCAAGGUGCUCCAGUUCCCCCAACUGAAGCAGUUGUCCCUGAGCCUGUUGCCAGCACUCACAGACAAGGGCUUGGUGGCUGUGGCCAGGGGCUGUCCCAGCCUGGAGCGCCUGGUACUGAGUCACUGCAGCCGCCUCAGUGACGAGGGCUGGGCCCAGGCAGCCAGCACCUGGCCAAGGCUGCAGCAUCUCAACCUGUCCAGCUGCAGUCAGCUCACAGAGCAUACACUGGAUGCCAUUGGACAGGCGUGCAGGCAGCUCCGGGUGUUGGAUGUGGCCAUGUGCCCUGGCAUCAACAUGGCCGCCGUCAGGCGCUUCCAGGCCCAGAUGCCCCAGGUGUCCUGCGUCCAGUCCCGCUUUGUGGGAGGGGCUGACCUGACCCUAUCACUCUGAGGCCAGGUUAGUAACUAGCCCUGCAGCUCAGCCUCCUUGACUCCCCCAGUCCCCAACCCCGGCCUUGAGCCGGGUUGCCUCCGUUGAGGACUGGGGGUGGGGCCAAUCCAGGGCAACCCAGGGAACUUCCUGCCGCAUAGCCUGGCAGCAGCCUCUUUCCAACCACACAUCGCUGCCACAGGCUCCUGCUCUCUGGUCAGGCCCUGGUUGGGAGGCCAGGCCCCCAGCAGGUGGGGUCGGGAGCUGGGAGGAGCAGACCCUAUGUCUCUUGCCUGCCCUCUUCUCAGACCUAAGGCCCGGCUCCAUCUAUUCCUGUGGGACUCUCCCCGCCCCACCCCAGUGUGCACUGAGCUUCAGCACUGAGCCCAGGUCUGUGUUGUAAACCCUAAGAUUAAACAUUCCAGAUAGUA